AUGAGCCUGGCCAGGGCUCGGGAGUUUCUGGGCGUUGAGGCGGAGGAGGCGGGCAGCAGCGAUGAGGACGAUGAGGAGGAGGGUCUGUCAUCUGAGGAUGGGCACAGCGAGGGGGAGGAGGAAGGGUGGGGUGAUGAGGAGGAGGAAGAGUGGGGUGAGGAGGAGCACGAGGAGCAGGGGUAUGAGGGCAGCGAGCUUGUGGAAGGCGGCGGCGAUGGCGGCGGUGACGCGGCCCAAGGCGAGGCCGCCGGGCAGCGAGGCUGCGAGGGACGCCUUGCCAUCCCAGCAGGCGCCGACGCUGCGCAGCCGCACUCGCCAGGGGCGCACCAAGAGGAGGAAUCGGCUGUGUUGACUGCAGAGGAAGCCGAGGUGGCGGUGCGGGAGGGCCUGCUGCCAGCCCACUACCGCACCCGCCUCUGCGCCAAGUACCUCUCCGGCUCCAUCUGCCCGUAUGCCUGCUGCCAGCACGCCCACAGCUUGGAGGAGCUGCGAGUGGAGGCAGCCAUCCAGGCCGGCAACCUGCCCCCCAGCUACAAGACCAUCGUCUGUGCCGACGUCAUCUCCAAUGGCUUCUGCGCCUACGGCCCGGCCUGCCUAUCGGCCCACUCUUCCCAUGAACUCAGGACGCUGGCCUCAAUCCAAGCCGGCAUCGUGCCCCCCAGCUACAAGACGCAGCGCUGCACCGCCUUUGCCAUGUAUGGUUGCUGCCCUUACGGCCUGUUGUGUGGCUAUGCCCACCACGCUUAUGAGCUACGGCGCGAGGCGGCGGUGCAGCUGGGCACGCUGCCACCGCGGUACAAGACCUCCCUCUGCGAGGCGUACUACGCGACUGGCAGGGGUGGCCUGCUGCCGCCCAACUACAAGACCGCGCUCUGCGCCGCCGGGCAGGCGGGCUGCUGCCCGCAGGGCAGUCGCUGCACCUAUGCCCAUGGGGCGGACGAGCUCCUGCCAUGGUUACCCACCAAAGCCACGCUCUGCAACAUCUUUCAGGAGACGGGGCGGUGCGAGGCAGGCUGCCCCUUUGCCCACGGCGCGGCUUCCCUGCAGCUGCCGCUGGACCGUAUUCGCCGGAAGCUGGCGGCGGGCCGGGGUGGUGUUGGUGCAGCCGGCGGCGAGGGAUCCCAGCCCCCUGCAGCAGAGCCGAGCCAGGUGGCGGAUGGCGAUGGGCGCGGCGCCAGCUGUGCAGCAGGUGGUACUGCUGCUGCAGCAGGCGGCAGCCAAGCAGGCAGCGAUCCAGCACGUGGCAGCAGCACGCGGGACACAGAGUGGGGCUUUGCGGCCGGUACCUCCGGAGCUGCAGAUGCGGCCCCUCCUGCCUCUGCUGGCGGCUCAAGCCACACAGCCGACGCUGCGGCUGGCGCUGCAUCAGGGCGCAGCAGCGGCGCUCCCAGCGAGAGCGGCAGCCGGGAGCUGGCCGCAGAGGGCAGCAGCAGGAGCUCUGCCUCGCUGCGCCAGAGGACGCACCCCCAGCAGCAGCAACAGCAGCAGCAGCAGGCACCUAAGCAGCUGCGCCUGUCGCAGCGCCACCAGCAGCACGAGGCCCAGCUGCUUGCCCUGCUGGGCAACCGAAGGCGGCCGCAACACCUCAAGCCUUGCAAGGACCACGCAGAGUGCGGCCAGUGCUGGACCGUAGACUGCCCAUACGCGCACGGCCCCAAACAACUUUUGCAGCGGGAGAAGAGCUGGAUUGCGAGUGAGAUUCAGCGGCGCGAGCAGCGGCGCCAGCAGGGCUACGAGCAGCGGCGGGAGGCGGCAGGGCGGGAGGCUCGGGAGCGGGAGCAGCAGGCGGCACUGCUUUCGCAGUACCGCACCGUUGGCGGCGACGGCGGCAACUCCGGCGACCCCGCCCAGCAGCAGCCCACGCAGCUGGCUGCAGAGCAGGUGCUGUCUGGCGCCGUGAUCAGCCAGAUGCGAGAGCAGGGUUCGAUGCUCGACAGGCCCGCGCCGCAGCAGGCAAGCCUGGCGGGAGAGCCCGCGCCGGAGGCUGCUGGCGCGGUGGCGGAGCGAGCCUUCGACUCAGUGCUGGAGGCAGGCAGUGUUGGUGCCGGUAGCGGCGGAAGGCCGACGGUCAACGUCGCUGGGGAGGCUGAGGUGGUGGUGGCCCAUGCACGCCUGCUGGGCCUGCCAGCCGCCGCUGCCGACCAGGAGCUGCUGCUGGCGGCAGGGGACUGGGAACAGGCGAGCAGAGCUGCAGGGAUGGCUAGGCCAUCCAUUGCCAAGCGGCAGCUGACAGUCCGAGCGGGUACCGGCGGCGGCGGCGGCGCGGCCACCACAGAUGCCAGCUCUGCGGGGCAGGCCGCCGCACAGAUGCCGGUGCCGCUGCCCCUGCCUAUGCCGCUGCCUAUGCGGCUAGGAAAUUCUGCAGCGCCGCUGCCACAGCAAUCGGAGGGCCUGGGCACAGCGGUGGGCUGGGGAGCGGAUGACUGGGGCGACGCCACACCAGAAGCGGCCGGUGCCGGUGCCGAGGCGGGCGUGGCAGCGGCUACCGCGCCUGCAGCAGAGGCGGCUACGGCCGCAGCGAUGCUGGCGCCAGAGGCAGUACAUGCGGCGGGACAGGUGGCAGAGGAGCAGUAUGUAGAGGAGGGCUUUGAGUCGUUUGUGGAUGUGAUCAGCCGGGCCUGGCAGGACGGGCAGGAGCCGGACGGGGAGCUGCAAGGGCAUGAUGCGGGGCAUGAUGCGCAGCAGCAGGACGAGCAGCAGGAGCAUCGGGACGGGCAGCAGCGGCAGGAACAGGACGAGUUUCUGCAGCACGUGGAGCAGGAACAGGACCAGCAGCAACAGCAGGCACAGCAGCAGGACGAGCAGCAGGAGGAGCAGGCGCUUCAGCAUGGUGAGGUCCAGGGAGCUCAGGAGGCACCCGACACGGAGCAGGCGCCAGCAGCAGGGAGCGGAGACUUGCUGCCAUCACCGCAACUAGAACAGCAGAUGGAGCGGGAGCAGCCAGAAGGCUCAGUGGCGGUGGAAAAGGGGCCGGAUGGGGCACCUGCGGCCGGCGCCGCCGAAGCAGCGCCAACCUCCGCACCGCCACAGCCUGCUGCCAUGGCGGACAGUGCUGCCGUAGAUGCGGCACCGCCAGCCUCGCCUGAUGCGGCACCACUUAGUGAGGUGGCUCCCCUUGCGGCAGAGGCUGCUGUUGUGGCAGCAGAAGUGGCAGCAGGCCAGCCAGACAGCCUGAUCGCAGGAGCCGCACCAGAGCCAGAAGAGGUGCAGCCGACAGCAGUGGCUGUGGCAGCAGAGCAGCAGGAUUCGGAAGCGCCGCAACCAGCUGCAUCUGAGGCUGAUGCAGCACCGGCCGAGCCAGCUGUGCCGUCAUCAGCUGCCCAGCUGCAGGUGGUUGGUGCAGAGCCGGGCUCGGUAGCACCAUCCACCGAUGUGCAGGCGGCAGAUGUGCGCCCUCCCGUUUCGGAUGGCAGCCCCAGCACCCUUGCGAAGGGUGAAUUGGAAGUGGUGGCCACAGUCCUGGAUGCCACGCUUCCAGCGGUGCUAGCUCCAAAGGCUGCACCGCCGCUCAGCAUCACCCAGGCUGGCGCCGAGCAGGAGCCGCCUGAAGACGAGGUGGACCAGCUGCUGAGCCUGAUGGGCAUUGCCUGA